AUGGGACUAAUCCGAGCGACUGGAAUGGCUGACAGCACGAGAGCCUGGACAGUGGAAGUUCAAGAAUCAUCAAUUCUAUUCCGGGUGCAUGAUAUCUGGGAUGAACAUCAUUCGCUAGAGUGCUUCCCAUAUAAGGUUAAUGGACAAACAUCCAUAUCACUGAGUAGCAACAGUGUUGAAAGAGUGAAGAUUACAGCACUCUCAUAG